AAAGGUGAUUUUGAAAUUCUUUAAAUGACAGAAUACGUACUCAUUUAAACCCGUAGGUCCGGUUCGAUCCAUAUGCAAUGCGCCACAACAAACCCGGUUCAAGCUCGUACCCGUAUAAACCCCCCACCUCAGUUUUUAGGACGACAAAAUAGACUUCUCCCACGUAACUUACUCUGAAUGGUCGUUGGAAGCAACGAUGUCAUGGGUCCCACGUGAACUCCACCGUCCACGUGGUAACCGGUUGGGUAGGAAGCAAUCGGGUAUGGAACUUGUUGCAUAGCCUAGAGUAUACCAACCCCCAAGAAUAGGGGAGAAGGAAGAGUGGUCAAUUGUCUCCGAGGAAGGAGAAAAAUUGGAGAGCAUACCUGAAAUGAUGGAGAGCCCCACGGCUGAGGAGUUCACCAUUUGAAGGGAGAGAGCAAAUUGUAGCUGAGAAAAAGGAUCAACCAUUCUUCUUCUUCUUCUUCCUUUCCGGCAGUCUGAAAACUGGAUCAAACAAUCCAAGAAGUUGAGCCACAGAGGAAGAGAAAUACAAGAGAAUGUAUACUCACAGGAGCAGUGGGCGUCUAGAACACAUGCAUGUCGAUGCGGCAUCUCCAUUGGUGGCAGUGGCCAUUGACAAGGACAAAGGAAGCCAGAAUGCUCUGAAAUGGGCAGCAGAAAACCUUGUCACCAGAGGCCACACCCUCACCCUCAUCCACGUCAACGUUAGGAGCCACUCAACUUCGAGCCGAAAGAAUGCCGGUGGUUGCAUAGAACCAAUGGAUCAUCAUACAAAAGAACUCUUCCUUCCAUUUCGCUGUUUCUGUACACGUAAAAAUUUUGGCAAGUUCUAAAAAUGGUGCUAACAGUUACAUUACAAGGAUGUGGUUCUGGGAGGUCAUGAUGUAGCUAAGACUAUAACCGAAUUCGUUUCACAUGCUGCCAUAGAGAAGCUGGUAGUUGGUGCUCCAUCAAAGGGUGGACUUAUGAGGAGAUUCAAACAUCACGACAUCACCACCAAUAUCACAAAGGGGGCACCUGAUUUCUGCACCGUUUAUGUAAUAGCCAAAGGGAAAGUAUCAGCCAUGAAGAAUGCCACACGACUAGCUCCAAUUGUUUCUCCUCUUCGUGAUCAAAUUCAAAGCCAAGUGAGCCUCAAGCCUAAUGCAAUGUCUCAUCACUUCUUGCUUGGUUCAGAAGCGACAAGCGACGUAGCUUCUGACACUCACAGCCUGCAUCAUGAAGAUUCGAUCAAGUCGCCAUAUGCCAAGGUGCUGCGGGGUUCCAGCACAAAGUCAUAUGCAGAUACUUCAUUCACUGACACUGACAUAUCAUUUGUGAGCUCGGACACUGAUAUAUCAUUUGUCAGCUCUGGAAGGCCAAGCAAUGAACGUAGUUUAGCUCUAAGGUUAUCAAGUGGAUCAGAAGGUAUUGAUAACAGCUUUGAGAUGGUGCGAACAUCACAUAAGUCGGUGGAUCCAUACUUAACCAGAAAUGAGGGUAGUACUGGAACAUCAUGGUCAUCACAGACCAUGGAAGAUGUAGAAGAAGAAAUGAAGAGGCUGAGGCUAGAACUCAAGCAUACUAUGGACAUGUACAACAAAGCGUGCAAAGAUGCACUCACAGCUAAACAAAAGGCAAUGGAGCUCCAGCGUUGGAAAAUAGAGGAGGAGAAGAGGUUAUAUGAAGCACAUAUGGCAGAGGAAGCUGCCAUGGCUUUGGUGGAGAGAGAAAGAGCUAAGUGUAGGGCAGCAAUAGAAGCAGCUCAAGCUGAGCACAGGCUAGCAGAGCUAGAAGCACAAAAGAGAAUAGAUGCAGAAAUGAAAGCAAUUAAAGAGGCUGAGGUGAUGAAGAAAGCACUAGAUUCCUUGGCACAUGCAGAUGUGAGGUACAGAAAGUAUGCAAUUGAGGAAAUAGAAGCUGCCACAGAGUACUUUGCAGAUCAUUAUAAAAUUGGAGAGGGUGGUUAUGGUCCUGUCUAUAAAUGUUAUCUGGAUCAUACGGCAGUUGCCGUUAAGGUUCUACGUCCAGAUGCAGCUCAAAGCAGGUCACAGUUUCAUCAAGAGGUUGAAAUACUGAGCUGCAUUAGGCAUCCAAACAUGGUUCUGCUUCUAGGUGCCUGCCCGGAGUAUGGCUGUCUUGUGUUUGAAUAUAUGGCUAAUGGAAGCUUGGAGGACCGCCUUUUCCGGAAAGCAAACACACCUGUAAUUCCCUGGCAAUAUAGGUUUCAAAUUGCUGCUGAGAUUGCCACAUGCCUCCUCUUCUUACACCACAAGAAGCCAGAGCCACUUGUUCACCGAGACCUCAAGCCUGGAAACAUCCUUCUUGACAAAUACUAUGUGAGCAAGAUCAGUGAUGUUGGUCUAGCCCGGCUUGUUCCCCCAUCAGUUGCAAACAGUGUCACACAGUACCGCAUGACCUCCACAGCUGGAACAUUCUACUAUAUUGAUCCCGAGCACCAGCAGACAGGCAUGCUUGGUGUGAAGUCUGACAUAUACUCUCUUGGAAUUCUGCUGUUGCAGAUUAUAACAGCAAAGCCUCCCGCAGGGCUAACACGCCAUGUGAGCCAUUCAAUUGAAAAAGGAACAUUUGAUGAAAUGUUAGAUGCAGAGGUAACUGACUGGCCAGUUGAGGAGGCUCAGCACCUUGCUGAAAUAGCACUCAAGUGCACAGAGCUGAGAAGGAAGGAUCGACCAGAUCUUGAAAGAGUUGUGUUACCAGAACUAGAGAGGCUAAGAUCUCUUGCAGAAGAUAACAUGCUUUAUUCCACCAUGCCAAGCAGUACUCGUAGUCAUAGUCCAUCCAUCCAUAGUCGAGUUUCCCCACAGGAUAUUGUCAGUGAUUCACUAAUGACACAAUCUGGUUAUGAAAGUUCAAGCGAAUCGUCUGCAACAGGACCAUGAUCAAAUGUUGCAUGAGAAGAUGGGUGAUAACAUGACUUAUCUGUAGUUCCCACCACAAUGAUUAGCAAACUGCUACUUUGAUAAGUGUAUCAACUUUUCUUUUUGGUUUGUGCAGGUAAGUUUGUGACCAAGCUGCCUAAGCUGGUCUUAUAUAGCCAAAGUUAGUUUCCAUUAGUAGAAUCAGUAAGUUCUUCAAUGCAGUAGCUACAAGCAACACGUAAGACGAGUGCUUCAAGCAGAAUUUGCUUGAUGCAGUACAACCUCCUAAAUGAGGCAGGCAGAAGUUUCAAGAAAAACUUGUGGCAACAGCCAAUUAGUUUGUAGAAGCAUAUACUGGAAUUUUUUUCUUUUUUAUUUUCUAGUACCAUAUUUUACAAGUUUUACCAGGUUUUACAGGGAAACAUUUAGUUCGUAGACAUCUCUGCUGAAUAUAUUUUUUUAUGCCAA